GCCUUUACGGCUACGCUCCUGCGGCUUCAGUUUUCUCUCAGAAAGGUACCUGUUUCUUUCUCUACUAUUAGUAUUGCAGUACGUUGACAGAGCGAACCGAGCAGAAACCAAAGCAACGUUGCUUUCGCAGGACUCCAAAUGCCUGCAAGCAAGAAAUCAAUCUUUUAGAGAAAGAGAGAGAGAGUAAGUGAUUGGCAGCCAUUAAAUUGGCACCUUUAUACAAUUCUUCAGAGAACGGAGGAUUUCUGUUUCUCUUACGGGAAAAAGUACUGUCUGGCUGCUUCGUCUCUCCAAACGGUCAUUUCCGUAAGGGAGUUUCGAAUCUGCUUAUUGACAGGGUUUGUUCAGGGUUUGUUUGAGUUAAAUUAGAACUUUUCAAUCGAGCUCUUGUUUGGUCGAUUUUGUGCUUAUUUUGGUUGGAUUAAACCGUUUAUGGACCAAUUUGAAGGUAUUAAGGUUAGAUCCGCGAGUUGCGGAGACAAAUCCGAACAAAAUAGGGGCAAAUCCUUUCAGUCCGGAUAUGAAAUUCAAAGAUUAAUGUCCGUACCACCCGAAAUUGGUAGUUCCUUCACUGCUCUUCUUCAACUUCUGGAGAAUCAAUCCACGUCGCCCCUAAAUUCGGCGGAUUCCGAGGAAGCUCCGGCGGAGAUUUCCGAUGAAGUAUGGCGUAACAGUCGAAUCGAUCAUCACAAACCCGACAGUCUUCACUCACUGAAUUGCAUUCCGCCGUUUCCGUCUAACACCGCUCUACUUGACCAAGUUUCAAGGUUCUCAGUCUUCUCGGAGAACUCACUGGAGACGAGCUCAGUUCCGUCGAAUUUGCAUAAAAUAAAACAAGAAUCGGCAGAGUUAGACUCAAAACCUGACUCAUUUCCCAACCGGAAUCAAAGAUCAACAAAGCGAAAGGAGCCAGAAAAUAAGGUUAAAGGCUCGACCAAAAAGAGCAAAAGCGUUGCAAAUGAGUCAUCUGAAGAUGGUGAGAAGCUUCCGUACGUUCACGUUCGAGCUCGACGCGGCCAAGCGACAGAUAGCCAUAGCUUAGCGGAAAGAGCGAGGAGAGAGAAGAUUAAUGCUCGGAUGAAGCUACUUCAGGAACUGGUCCCCGGAUGCGACAAGAUUCAAGGUACAGCGAUGGUGCUUGAUGAGAUUAUCAACCAUGUACAGUCCCUACAACAUCAAGUGGAGUUCUUAUCAAUGAGACUUGCUGCGGUCAACCCAAUAAUUGAUUUCAACCUUGGCAGUCUACUGGCUGCAGAAAGUGGAUCUCUAAUGGACAGUAACCCUAGUGUGGUUAUGCCACUGACGUGGCCUGAAGUGCAGGAUAAUGGGAACAGACAGCAGAAUCAGCAGCUAUGGUAUUUUGAUGGACUUCAUCAGCCAGUUUGGGGUAGAGAAAAAGACAAUCCUAACUUCCCAACUCCAGGGAGCUCGCACCUCAGUUACAGCUCUUCAGCAAAUUCAGCAUCUCUGCUCUCGAAUCAACUGAAAAUGGAGCUAUGAAGCUCUGAUGGAAGCUCCAGUGUAUAUAUCGAAGAUAGUAGUAGCAGUUAAGCAGGGAGUAGAGAGGUCUCAACAUUCAACUCGGGUUUAACUGUCUUGUAUUUAACAGAGUUCAGUCAGAAAUCCAGAGUUAUCUCAGCUGAAGAGGAGAAAAUUAAGUAUGGUAUUUUUGUUAUAUAUUUUAUAAUACUAACUUGUAGGGUCAUUCAAUCUUGAUACUUCCAUGGUUGAUUGAUCCAUACUGUAUAAACACAGAACAAGUUUUUACUCGACUAUCGGAACGGUUUAGGGCUAAAAGAUAGGGAUAUGAAUAACACGUUUAUUUCUUCUA